AAUCAUUUCAAUAUAAUGUUGACCAAUCAAACAUUGAUAGAUCAUGCAAGGGAUCUAAUCAAAAAUCGUACAACUGAUAAUCCACAUGUAAUGGGUAUAGUUGUACCAAAAAGGGCAUUAUAUAAUCCAUUCUGGUCAUAUCAUCUUGAUUCAAAGUCUAUAGUAUUCUUUGACUUUGCAAUUGAAGUAUGUGAUGCUGCCAUCUCCUACGUUCAAGAGCAUCUAAGUGAAGUUGGUGGAGCAUUCCUUCCAGGCAACAUAUGGUGUCCAUGGUCCUCUCAAGUUGUGAAUGAACUUUCAAUA